AUGGCCGGUCUGACGGGCGCCGCGGCGGGCGCCGGGCGGCGCCCCGCUCCCGCGGGAUCCUUGGGCCUGCGCCGGCAGAUGGCGGACUAUCUCGCUGUGACGCCUGGCCAUUCGCGGCCCAGGAACUGCUUCUCCCCCAUGGCCUCGCGGCUGCGUGCCGUGAACGUCCGAUGCGAGAAGGUGGUGGGGAUUGACCUAGGGACGACCAACUCGGCAGUGGCGGCCAUGGAGGGCGGCAAGCCUACGAUCGUGACGAACGCGGAGGGCGCGCGCACAACGCCAUCGGUGGUGGCGUUCACGAAGGCGGGGGACCGGCUGGUCGGGCAGAUCGCUAAGAGGCAAGGCGUGGUGAAUCCAGAGAACACUUUCUAUUCUGUGAAGCGAUUUAUUGGCAGGAGGAUGGAUGAGAUAGAGGACGAGGCCAAGCAAGUCCCCUACAAGGUCAUAAAGGACGCCAAUGGCAAUGUGAAAUUGGACUGUCCCAAUGCGGGCAAGCAGUUUGCGGCGGAGGAGAUCUCUGCACAGGUGCUGCGGAAGCUGGUGGAAGAUGCUGGCAAGUUUCUCAGCGACAAGGUCGAAAGGGCUGUCAUCACUGUGCCUGCAUACUUCAACGACUCCCAGAGACAGGCCACAAAAGAUGCGGGGAAGAUCGCAGGUGUGGAAGUGCUGAGGAUCAUCAAUGAGCCCACGGCCGCAUCGCUGGCUUAUGGCCUGGACAAGAAGUCUAAUGAGACGAUACUGGUCUUUGACUUGGGUGGUGGCACCUUUGAUGUCUCCAUAUUGGAGGUUGGUGAUGGUGUGUUUGAGGUGUUGUCAACUUCUGGAGACACCCGUUUGGGUGGUGAUGACUUUGACAAGCGACUGGUCAACCUACUGGCUGGAGACUUUCAGAAAUCUGAGGGUAUGGACCUACGUAACGACCGCCAGGCCCUCCAGCGCCUGACAGAGGCUGCCGAGAAGGCCAAGAUCGAGCUAUCUACCCUCCCCCAGACCUCUGUCAACUUGCCCUUCAUCACUGCAACGGCAGAUGGCCCCAAGCACAUCGACACCAAUAUCACGAAGGCGCGCUUCGAAGACAUCUGCUCUGACCUCCUUGACCGCUGUAAGCGGCCUGUGGAGCAAGCAUUGAAGGAUGCCAAACUCAACCUGUCCGAGAUCGACGAGGUCAUCCUGGUGGGGGGUUCCACCCGCAUCCCUGCUGUGCGGGAGAUUGUCAAGACCAUGACCAAGAAGGAGCCCAACGUUUCAGUGAACCCUGAUGAGGUGGUGGCCCUCGGGGCGGCUGUUCAGGCUGGGGUGCUCGCUGGGGAGGUGUCGGACAUCGUGCUGCUUGACGUGACGCCGCUGUCACUUGGCCUGGAGACCUUGGGUGGUGUGAACACGAAGCUGAUUCCCCGCAACACCACCCUGCCCACAUCCAAAUCUGAGACUUUUUCCACUGCAGCUGAUGGGCAGACCAGUGUGGAGAUCAAUGUGGUGCAGGGGGAGAGGGAGUUCGUGCGGGACUGCAAGAGCCUGGGCACUUUCAGGCUGGACGGAAUUCCCUCUGCACCUCGGGGUGUUCCUCAGGUUGAGGUCAAGUUCGACAUCGACGCCAACGGCAUCCUGUCGGUGACCGCCACAGACAAGGGUACUGGGCGGCAGCAGGACAUCAAGAUCACAGGCGCCUCCACGCUGCCAUCGGACGAGGUCGACGCCAUGGUCAAGGAGGCCGAGAAGUUCGCUGACGAGGACAAGGCCAAGCGCGACAGCGUGGACACCAAGAACCAGGCGGACAGCAUGGCUUAUCAGACUGAGAAGCAGCUGAAGGAGUUUGGGGAGAAGAUUCCGGACGAUGUGAAGGCCAAGGUGGAGGCGGCGAUCAAGGGGCUGCGGGAGGCGAUCGACAAGGACGACCUGCAGGGCAUGAAGGAUGGCAUGAAGAAGCUGCAGGAGGAGGCGAUGCAGAUGGGAGCGGCGAUGUACGGGGGGCAGGGUGGCCCUGCACCGGGUGGCCCUGGACCGGGCGGCCCGGGAGGUGCUGGACCUCAAGGCCCCGGUGGGGCGGAUGGCAAGGGGGAUGACGAUGACACCGUCGUGGAUGCAGAAUUCAAGGACGCGAACUGA